AAUGGUAGAAUGGUUUUCAUAAAAAUACACAUUAUCAAAGUAUUGGUGUUUGUUUUGCUUUUGAACCAUCAAAUUAUUGGAAGAUCCAAAAAAAAAGAAAAAAAAUUUUCCUUUUCCCCUAAAAAACUCCAUUGAAGGUUGUGUUGUAGCUCUCAAAGGUGUGAAGGGUUCUCUCUCUGCUGUGGCCUCGAUGCCAUUCCCAUCCCAGUAGCUCUCUCAGUACUGGGACCAUGCCAACCUCAGCUUCUUCUGCGAUUCCCAAGCCCUCCUCCGACCUCAUCGCCCGAUUGACUGCCGCCGACGCCGCCGUUAAGCUCAAGGCAUUGAGAGAUAUCAAGAAUCAGAUCAUCGGAAACCGCACUAAGAAGCUUUCCUUCAUCAAGCUCGGCGUUGUCCCCCACGUUGCUGCAAUUCUUUCCUCCACUUCUGACCCCAACAUUCUCGUUCAGUCCGCUGCUGUUCUUGGCAGCUUUGCCUGCGGCGUCGACGCUGGUGUCUCCGCCGUUCUCGAUGCUGGAGCCUUCCCUCGACUGCUUCGAUUGCUUUCCGAUCCCGACCCCAAGGUUGUGGAUGCAGGAGCUCGAUCAUUAAGAAUGAUUUAUCAAUCAAAGUUGGCUCCUAAGCACGAUUUCCUUCAGCAGGAAAACACCAAAUUUCUUCUUUCAUUAUUGAAUAGUCAAAAUGAGAAUGUGACUGGACUUGGGGCAAGUAUCAUUGUUCACUCAUGUGAGACAAUUGCAGAGCAAAAGGCAUUGUAUGAUGGUGGAGUUCUAGAGAAGCUGAUUGAUCUUCUUGAUGGUUCUCUAAGUCAAAGGGAUGCUAGUUUAGAGUCGAUUGCAACAAUAUUUAAAAAUAAUGUUGAAGCGAUAGCGAAAUUCAUGCAAUCUGGUAGAGAAGAUUGGCUGAGUUAUAUAAUUGAAUUGAUGAAGGACAGAAAUCCCAAGACUAGAUUGCUAGCCUGCGUAUGCUUGAUCGUUAUAAGGAAUUCGUCGUCUUGUUAUCUGCAAGACAUAGGAAUCAAAAUGAAAUUGAUACAUAGUUUGCUUGAGCUUCUUGACAGUCCAGAUCAAGUUGGAGAUGAAGCUUCCUUCGUUUUUUCGACUUUAAUUGCAGAGAAGGAGGAGCUACAAAAACUUGCUUUUGAGGCAAAUGCAAUUGAUAAGUUGUACAAUCACUUGCAUAAGGAUCAGUUAAGUCCCAGACGUUUUCAAGGAUUGUUGCUGGCAUUUUCUCAUCUGUGCUCAAAGUUGGAGAGCUGUAGGUCUAGAUUUCUCUCUUUGCAGGUAAUGAACAUAGUGAUUGAUGCCAUAAAACAUGAAAGUGGCGACAUACGUAUUGCAGCUUGCACUUGCUUGAGAAGUGUCUCUCGAUCAAUCAAGAAUUCGAGUGCAGGUUACUUUAUGAAUGAAGCAGUUGUCCUUCCCUUAGUUCGGCUAUUACACGAUCCUUCAAAUGAUAUUCAGCUUGCAGCACUUGGUGCUAUUAGCAACAUAGUGGUUGAAUUUUCAACAAAGAGGUCGAUAUUUAUAGGAUGUGGAGGUGUGAAAGAGCUGGUUCGAUUAUCAAAGUCUAUGGACUUGGACAUAAGGCUUAAUGCAUUGUGGGCUUUAAGGAAUUUAAUGUUCCUCGCAAACAUUAUGUGUAAAGAAGCAAUCUUCAUGGAGUUAACAGCUUCCUUGUUAGCCAGCCUUGUUUGCGAUCCCGAGCCUUCCAUACAGGAGCAUGCUAUGGCUCUCGUGCGCAAUCUUAUCGAUGGAUGUGAGGAUUCAAUUGAGUAUGUGUUUGCCGAAGAUGGCAUCGUAUUGAAUACUAUUGGCCGUCAAUUGCAAAAUAUUUCAAUGGAUGAAAUUGGAGUCCAGGGAAUGUAUGUACUUUGCAAUGUUGCAAGUGGAAAUGAGUUUCAUAAGGAAGGGGUAAUGAAACAACUAUUUCCACGAGGAGAUGAUGUGAUCCACUCGUUUGUGGUGAAGUUUUUGCAGAGUGACAACAGUCAACUUCGAAUUGCUGCUGUCUGGGCAAUAAUAAAUCUUACUUUGCCUUCAAGUCCUCGUGCACUAGAUCGCGUUACGAAGCUGCGGAAUGCUGGUAUUGUUUCUCAAAUAAAGAAUAUGGUCAAUGAUCCGUGCCUGGAUGUAAAGCUCCGUGUGAGAACAGUGCUUGGACAGCUAAUAGCUUUCGGUGAUGGUAUUAUGUUAUAAUUUUUCCCAUCCUCAAAACCCAAGGGAAGAAGUACGCUGCUAGCAGUUUUGUUUUUCAUCCACCUUUUCUGUAGGAUAUUGUUGAGCUUUUCAUUGGCGGCUUUGAUCCAUCUGGAACAUGAAAGCUUUUCUCAUUUUCCAGUAUAUUCCACUGGCGGCUCUUGGCCUUACAGAGGGAGAGAGGAAAUAUUCAAGUUUUGCUUGACAAUGGCAUAGGGAAAGAAGAGAUGGUGUCCAUGAAAAUUGCGAAUCCAAUGGCAAAAGAUCCAUCCACUCUCAUCAUCCCAAAAUAUGGAGCACCACACAAUUGCCCUUCACCUUUGCCAGGCUUUCUAAUUAAACACGUUGCAGGCGAUGCAACUCGGCAAUCCUAUGCGCAAAGUAGUUUUCUUUUUCAAAAUAGUCAGAGCACACACUCCUCCUAGAUUCUCACCUAGAGAAUACAGUGGUUUCUGUCGUGGUGGUAUCUUUUAGUUCGAAGUGAUUCCAUUGAAGAACGAUCUUUAAAGUCAAGUUCUGGAGAAAUCGAGGCGAAUUUCGAUGGCGUUUCGAAGGAGUACAGUGGGCAAUUGUACUGUAGUGUCGCGACGUUCGAUGCUACGGUCGAUGAUCUUCUCCAUAGCGUUGCGAUGCUAAGGCACGACGUCGCUUUGCUUUGAGAAGGAGAAGACGUGCAGUCCAGCUUCGGUUCGCGUGCGGUUCGUGGCUUGCUGGUCCAAUUUGGUUCAUGGGUUCUCCGAUUCAAGUUGUUUGGGUUCCUUUGGACUGGUUUGUGGUCUGGUUCGAGCGAUUCAAGGUCUGGUUCACCUGUUCAAAUCAAAUGGCUAUUAUCUUGUAUGAUUUAUAUUUUUAGUUAUAUGUC